AAAUCAAAUAUAAAUAAAUGAAAAUCUGUCAUAAAUUUGUACAGAAAUUAUUCCUUUUAUUUCUGCCUCUUUUACAAUAGCUUUAUUAUAAAAAAACGUGAGAAGACGUAUUUAUCGUAAAUGGCUUUCAAUCGUCGUCUGUCUUUUAUAGCAGAAUGGUAUCAAGAGGAGGCAGCAAUUAUACGUACUUUCACUAUAUGUUUUUUUCCAACGGGUAAUGCUAUAGAAGUGUAUGACCAGCAACACAAACGCACCUUUCUCCGACGUACUAAAAUGCCUGAACUCUCUGAACGCGAUUUUUUCAUAGGAUCAAAAAUCAACAUAUUUGGAAGACAAUUUGAUAUCGUUGACUAUGCCGAUGACAUAACAAAGAACACACUCGACAAAUAUCGCAAAAAAACUUUUCUGCUUUUAAAAAAUAUCUGCAUUCAACAAUUGGGUCCUCUGCUCUGCGCUCUCAUAGAUUCUAAUUUUAGCAUAAACAGGGCUCUAAUGGUACAAUUCACACCUGAACAAGUGAAGCAAUUCUUGAGCAAUAAACGUAAUGUCGAAGCAUCGAGCAUGCUGAUGAAUCAGUUAAUCGGCGGCCCUUCAAUGGGUUUCGAAGUGAUCGCUGAUAAUGCAGUACAAAAAAUGAAAUUAUGCAAAGAACAAAGUAAAGAAUGUUCCAAUGAUAACACGGUUGCUGCGCUUGUUACCUUAUUCGAACGGGAAGAAACUCGCAUAGGUAUAUACUGUCCCCAAGAUGAGGAAGAGGCCGAACAGGACCUUAAUUUCUUUUUUAAUCCUAAAAAUGGUUUGCAAGCAACACUGCGUUUAAAAAAUUCGACAUUAGGCAUCAUUAAACCGCAUUGUAUCAAAGAUGGUAAUUUAGGGCGAAUCAUAUCGGAAAUUACCAGUAAUGGAUUCAAAAUCACUGGACUGCGUAUGAAUUUAAUGGAGCGAGUGAAUUGUGAAGAAUUUUUCGAAGUAUAUCGUGGAAUAUUGCCGGAAUAUAUUCCUAUGGUGGCACAGCUCGCGAGCGGCGUGAGUUUGGCAUUGGAAAUUGUUGCGGCAGAUGAAAAUAAAAACAGUUAUGAGGAGUUCAGACAGUUUUGUGGUCCAAUGGAUCCCGAAAUUGCUAAAAUGUUACGUCCGCAUACCUUACGUGCCAAGUUUGGCGUCAGUAAAACUUUAAAUGCCGUUCAUUGUACUGAUUUGCCGGAUGAUACAAUUUUGGAAUUGCAAUAUAUUUUCAAAAUUUUAGAUUAGUAAUAUUUUAU